UUCAUCUGGUCCUGCAGGUUGGAUUGGCCAAACUCAGACACCAAAAUUCAAGAUAGAAACUUCAAAUCUGAGCACCCAGGUGAUGCAGGAUCAUCAACCAGGUCUGAAGUCAGACGUCUGUGUCAUCAGGUGCACCUGUGAAGAAUGCAUUACGAUGCCCACGGAGGAGCAGAAUGUUUGCUGCAAAGAAUUGAAUGCAGUUCAGAAUAGAUGUGGAGAGCUGCCCGAGGAGCCGAGGUGCAUGACCCUUCAUCCAGGCCUUGAACCUGUGUGCCUGAACCCCUACUCCCUUCAGAACGCACUGAAUGUGUACCAGGCAGACCAUGGGCCUCUGGACGUAAAGGAAAGAGCUGCCCGUGCUAGAUACCUGGCCUAUCGAAGUUUUGUGUCCUGGUGCUGGGGAUACCUGGGCAAAAAUAGCCGUGUGGUCAUACCCUCCUGUGUUGUGCGCCGCAGUCAUGAAGAGUACCCUGAUGAAGAUGGGGAAUACACAGGUUUCAAACCACCAAUAUAAAUAUAAAACAAUAAUAAAUAAAUAGCAUAUUGUAUUGUGUGCUUG